CGCCAUCAGUUAUCUUAAAACUUCAUCGUAAAAUAAUCUUUUUUCCUUUCUUUAUAAAAUCACCCAUGUAAAAGCGUGCGCUUUGAGCCCUCUUCGGAAUAUUUUCAACUCUGUGGUCACACCCAAUGAUCAUGGGUGUUGAGGGCUGCGUUUUGUUGCGGAGAUAAAUGUCUUCAUGUCAGCCAUAAUAUCAGCUGAUCAGAGUUACUCAGGAAAAGAGCUUUACUGCUGCCUUUCCUUCUCCACAGUGCAUGUAUGUGCAAAUCUAUUUACAAUUGUUAGAGUUCCUGUAUGCGGAACAUACAUAGGCUGUGUAGUAACCAUAAUCUAUAUGUCUACGCCAAAGUUUUCUCUCUUUUUUUUUCUUUUUUUACUUUUCUUGCAAGCUAUGAUGCAAGCUUUGUCUGGCUGGUAGAAUGAGUUUAAUUACCAAACCACCCAACUAAAGUCAUAAAGAAAUAGUAUACUUAUGGCAUGUUAAGAUCUACACAGGCCUACAUUAUUAUAUCUCCAGUUCAUUUGUGAUUUAUUCAAAAUUAGCUGUGGGAAAGUGGCAAAUAGUUAAUGAGGUGAAUCAUCAUGAAUUUGCAAAUUUAAUUCUGAUCAUUUCUCAGUACCUAUCCUCAUAUCUAUGUACAAAAACAGAGCUGACACUCUGAGAUUUCAUCAGAGGUGAGCAUCACAGUAGAUACCUUUGUGUCAAAGUAAUUGAGGAUAAAAUACAGAAAAACAUGAAGGAGAUUUUCCCAGCCUGGGUUUUCUCAGCAGAUACCUGCCUUAAAAUAUUCUGCAGUAGAUCAAACACUGAAGAAAACAUAUGAACAUUACCUGAUGCUGCUGAAGUGAAGCAGAGCAAAGUUACAGAGGUUAUAUUAGACACACAGCUAAGCAUUUUGCAGUUUUUAGUUAAUUUUUCGGUAUUGAACUCUACUUUUCAAUACAAUGAGGCUUUCUCUUCAGAGGACAUUUUUGUAAAAAUUAAAAAUUAAAAAAAACGACGACAGACAGCGCUGUACACAACGGCAGGCUGGUGCCUAAUAUGCAAGUGAAUUAUGCAGAAAAAAAGAGAUGUGAGAUUGGGGAGUGUUCUUGAAGUUCACUGAGAUAAAGAGCUGUGCAGGAAGUCUGAUUUAUUGUGGUCUGAGCAAAGCAGCCAAAGUAAGAGGGAAAUCAUGACGAUGUUUUUCAAACGUGAAGCGUAGCUUUGAUCUUCUUUUGCUGCUGAUUUGGUGAAUUUUGGUCGCAGGUCCAAAACUGCAGCUUUAGAAUUUGCGGGAUGUCGGCUUUCAGCAGCAGCCGGACAUGCUGUCGGGUGAAGAUCCGCGCUUUGUGUUUACGUCUUUAUGUAGAAUCCGUGUGUAACAAGUGUCACCUGGCAGUUUGUUGCUCUCUGCCAGGUGAUUGGCUGAAAGAGCUGUGAAAAGGUAGUGGGUGUGUGGGGUGAAAUCAGCGCACUUCUGUGGAAGAAACCAGAGGCAAUUAAUUCACUCGGGUGCGAGUGGGUAUAUUGUCGAUAAGAGACUUUUGCCGUUUUGUUUGGAUCAUUUGCUGGUUGUAUGUGCCUAUUUUUAAUGUGUCGGACUUUUUUAGUGUGACCACCAAUUUUAACAGAAGAAUUGAUCAAGCCCUAGAUCGACUGCGCGCAGGGAAACUGAUCAAUAUUGCUCCAGUUUUGAAGACUGCGCCCCGUGGGUGGAGAAGAGCGCUGAGAUACUGCCAAAUGAUGGAGGCUAUGGCAAAUUCUCCCGAACCCCAUCGUGUUAGAGUACAGGGUUACAGAAGCAAGACCCGGUGAUUGGCCCUUUCUUAAAGUAUUGGGAGGUGGCCAGGUUGCCCGAUUCAAAGGAAAGAGAUGGUCUUGAUAACCUGAAGGAAAAACAUGGAUCUUUUAGCUCAGCUACAACUGGCAACAGUCCCCCCACCAACAGAAACACAUCCUAUAAUCCAGUGCAUAGCUAAUAAUGACCUCAAAGAGCUCAGUAAAUUACUGAAGGACAAUAAUGUUAAUGGAGUUUACCCCUGUAGAGAGUGUAGUGAUUAUAUAACCCCAUUGAUUGGUGCUGUUAUAAAUAAAAACAAAAAUAUAUGUUCUUACCUUUUGCGUCAGGGUGCAGACCCAAAUUUUCUUUCUCAACUGCAGUGGACACCUUUGCAUUAUGUCUCACUGUCCGAAGCACCACCUGGUUUUGUGGAUCUGUUGCUUGAAGCAAAAGCUAAUCCAGAUGGAUGGAGAUUUACUCUUCUGCAACAAUACACACCACUGCACGUUGCAGCCAUUAAAGACAGGGAGGAGAUCAUCAAAAGGCUCAUCUCUGCUGGUGCAGUGGUGACACUGCCGCCCAUGAAUGAUCCUCAGUGGCUUAUUAACAGUAAAAAAUUAUCUGAGAUGAUUAAUCGCCUUGCAUCAAAUGGAGAUGAAGUGUGUUCCCAAAUCAGACAUUUUUUGGAUGUGGAAAUUGCUAUUUUUGAAAAAACACCUGAAGAAGUGUUUAAAAUGUUCAACAGUCACAUGUUGUUAGAGCAUCCUAGGUCUCAUCUGACCAUGAUUGAAAUCCUUUUUACUGUUACUGGGAGAGGAAAAGAAAAAUACUGCCAGGCUUGCAUUAAAUGGCUAAAGAAAACUGGAAAUGUAAAUACUUAUAUUGCAGGUGCAGCCAGUCGCUUUCCAAACAUCCCUAAGACACAUGUUGGGGCGGCAGUUGAAAGUUUGAAUGCGGUUUUCUGCACAAUGGAAGACAUAACAAAUGAGCAUGCAGUAGCUAUAAUUCCACAACUACUGAAACUGCUUUCCUUAAAAGAGAGACCUGACAUCUGUGAAUCAGUGCUACGAACACUGUAUGUGAUAACACAGAAAACAAAAGGCACAAAGGACUGGCACGUCAACUUUUUAGAGAACUUAUGCAGAGCAAUUGCUCCUUUUGUAAAUAAGGAAGACUCCAUUAAGAUCAGGAUUUACACGUACGCUAUAUUUGCAAACCUGGUGUCAGUUGAACAGACAGCUAAUAUUUUUAAGUCAGUGGGCAUAACUUCAUUACCCGAGGACAUACUGACAUCUGUAGAAAUGGAAAUGAAUGAAAAGCUGAAGGAGGUGCUGAGAAGUCUCAACAGUUAUUUCAGCAGGCCAAGCUUAGAAUGUGAGCGAAACACAGCCUCACCUUUAGUCAGGAAGAAGAAAAAGACAGAAAAGCAAGAAGACCCAAAUGAUGAAGUUUCCACUGCGGCAACUGAUCCAACAACAAAAGAUCCUGUUUUAGAAUCAACUUCAGAUGUAAAGCCUUUUGACUACAACACCAAUGAAAAAUCAGAAAAACGAAACUGGCUUCAAAUCAGCAAAAGGUGGAAGGAGAAACUGGAGAAACUUGUUGGCACAGAUGACAGUAAAAUAUCCAGAAUCAGAAGCAUUAUAUAUGUGAAUGAUGCAGAAUUCAGAAUAGCAAAAGGAAGCGAUGGUACUGAAGUCUUCUUGGGGCUGAGAGAGGACGGCACAGAAGUUGCCAUUAAGAGAAUGUCUAAGAGCAACUAUGACGAGCUGAAGAACGAAGAAGGAAUCCUACGACUCCCUGAACUCGAUCAUCCUUAUAUCGUACGAUAUGUUGAUGCUGCAGAGGACGAGAACUUUGGAUAUCUUUGUCUGCAACUUUGUGAAUACACCUUGGAAGAAUAUAUCAAGAAUGAUGACCAUGACCCACUGAUGUUAAAGGAACUUGUCAAACAAAUUCUUGAAAGUCUAAAGGUGCUUCACUGUCAAAAUCCUAAAAUUCUUCACCGAGAUCUCAAACCUCAGAACGUUCUGAUUGAUGUUACUGGGAGGGCAAGAUUAGCUGAUUUUGGCAUAAGCAGACGCUUACUCAAAGACCAAACAACUUUACGUACACGCAGUGCAGGAACCAGAUGCUGGAUGGCCCGAGAGACUUUAGCAGAAGAAGCAGAAGAAUCUGUCAUAUCAUACAAGUCAAGCACUGACAUCCAGGUGGCAGGCAUGCUGAUCUAUUAUAUCCUCUCUGGAGGCCACCAUCCAUUUGGCAUAUCCCGUGAAUGCGAGAACAACAUUUACUAUGGGAACUACAGUUUGGAUCAUGUUCAAGAUUUGGUGGCAAAGGAUCUCAUCGAGUGGAUGAUCAACAAAGAGCCAAAGGACAGACCCAAAGUAAAAGAAUGCUUAAACCAUCCCUUCUUCUGGACUCCAAAAGAGCAGUUUGAAUAUUUGAGAGAGACCGGCAACAGGGAGGAGGUGGCAAACUGUCGAAAGGCUGAUGAAAAGCUGAUUGGUUCACUAGAAGCAUGUGCUAAUGGAUCCUUCAAACUGUGGAAAAAUAAGUUUCCCCAAGAGCUUGUUCGGAAGAUGGAUGGCAGAAAGCCGUACCCUGAAAACACGCUGGGAUUACUGCGCUUUAUACGCAAUUUCAAUGAGCAUGAGCUCAAGAAUUUUCCUCACAUUGAUGUGUUGGUGUUAUUUCCUGAUCUCUUUGGGUGUGUUUACAAGUUUACCAAGGAUAAAGGCUGGAAUUUAGAAGGAAAGAAGGAAAUGUUUGAAAAAGAAGAAACAAAGGACAUUUGUGCCGCCUUUGCAAUGAUGUCUACAAGUACGGACGACCCUCUGAGUGUUCCAGUUCAAGAGUCUCAAUAGUGACUUUAAACAAAGUUGAAUUCAGUAAGGACGAAGAAUGUCAUUAAGGACUGUACAGUAUAACAACCAUUCAGAGAAAAUGUAUAUAAGCAAAUACUAUUGUUAGAAGUACAGAUGGUAAUGAAAGCUUUGAAGGAUUCUUUAUUUUGUUCAAAUGUGUAUAUAUAAGCACACCACAGAAACCAAACUAGCAAAAUCAAAAUGUGUUCUGCACAAUAAGCCAAAGUUUUGCACCUGUUGUUCAUUGUGACCACUUUCCAAAUCCUGAUAGAAGGAGAGAUGUUAUUUUAAGGGACCUACUAGUACUAGACUUCAGAAAUGUUAUUUGUAUGGUUUUAUAUUUAGUAGUUAAUUUAAAAUGUGAUAUUAUGGUGGCUGUAUUUGCAAAUGUUAGUGAUAAAAAUUCUUUGUUACUUUCAGCUUUAUUAGAUAGAUCAGUGGAAAAACGACAGGAAAGCAGGGGCAGAGAGAGAAGGGGGAAGACAUGAGGCAAAGGACCGCGGGUCAGACUAAAACCCGGGCCGGCCCUUCUCGGCCAUAUGACAUGUGGGCGCCUGCUCAACGCACUGAGCUAAACAGGCGCCCAAUAAAAAUAUUUUUGAACCGAAAAAAAUGGUCACACUGGCCAUACUUAAGAAUAAAUUCUUCUACUUCUGUUUUUAUAGACAGUGUUAUUCCAGAUAGGAAAAUGAUAAACCUACUUUUUCCUUUUUUAAUGUAUUUUAUUUUGGUUGUGUGAAGCAAAUACACAGCUUAAGUAUGCAUUUUCAUUUUUGAAAAUUUAUAUAUAACAUGUCAGCUGUAUACUAGUAUUAUGUACUAUGCCAACUUUUCUAUACAUGUAUUUUGAAUUAAAGUGAAUGUCAUUGAGAAAUUACCAAAUAUAUUAGAAUUUGUAUGUUUUAUUAAAGAUUUUAUCUCAUGUUCAUAUUGUAAAAAACUGCAAAUUUUAUGUUUAGUA